UAUGAGAACUCUUAUUGCCCUUUGCUUAGUGGCUGCUGUCUUCGCUAUUGACACAAACAAAUUUGCCGUCCUCCUCCAAACUGGUACUAGAGGAAACGAUGCUGUGGAAUCAGUUUACAACCUCUUGAGAGAUUUGAAAACAGAAAAUGUAAAUGUCUAAGCUGCUGCUGAUAAGAAGAAUAAUACAGAUGAGGGUAUGACAUAAAUUAAACAAUAGAAAUCUUUUCUUAAGUUAUUGGUGACUUGACAAACGUUGCUUCCCUUAACAAAUAAUAAUGGGAAGCAUUGGGUGCCGUUCGUACUGAUGUUGAAGCCUAAAUUAGAGUAUGCUAUUUCCCCUUAAGACUUAGGAUGGAUAUUCAUGGUUGGCAUGGGCUGAAGCAAGACUUGCUGAAGUUGAAAGAAGAAAUGCUUAACUCUAAGACUAAAGAUGUUGGGCUAAUGGACUCUUUGUCAAAUCAUUGGCUGAUCAUGGUGAUGCCGUUGCAGUUGUUUAACUCUUAUCAUAAGACGUUGCUGGAUGGCUCACAAACAAUGCUGGUGUUGAAUUAGUUCAAAAGGCUGAAACCAUUGCUGACAAAUUGUCUGCCUACAGUCACCUCUUCCAAUAAGAUGCCAUGCAAAAAUUCUAAUCACUCGCUGAAGUAAAGAGAGACGGAACAACCGGAGAACAAGUUCUUGCCAUCUUAUCAGACUUAUAAGCUGAAUUAGAGGCAACCCUUGCUACACUCUAAGAAUAAGAAAUCCAUGCUGCUUUCGCACUUGCUAAAUACGUAUCUGACACCAAUGCCGAAGUUGCUUGGUUGAACUCUGAACACGAAAGAAGAACAGGUCUUGUUGAGAAAUUAGAAACUGUAUGAAUUGUGUUUUGAUUAUUGUUUAGCAACUCCCAGCAGUUCUUGCUCAAUAAGCUAAGGCUCUCAAAUUAUGGAAAGACUCAUUGAACGCCGUUGCUGGUGCCACUGCCGAUUUGGAAGAGAAAAGAGAAUUCUAUGCCUCAGAAACUGCAAGAAGACAAGGUAUCAAUUAAAUGUAAACCCUAUUAUAGAGGAAAACGCUAUCAUCGAUGUUGUCAUCUAAUUGUUCAAGGAUUAGGUUAGAGCCUUAGCCUCAUAAACAUCCCUUGGAAGAAAGUGAUUAGAUUAUUAAUAUUCAAUUUAAAAAUAGCAACAAUUACAUA